AUGAAGGCUUAUGGUAUAAAUGGAAAUCUGUUAAAAUGGUUUAGAAGCUACUUAAGUGAUAGAAAACAAAGGGUGGUUAUCAAGCAAUCUUCUUCAAAACUUUGCAGUAUUUCAGCUGGAGUUCCUCAAGGGUCGGUCCUUGGACCAUUACUUUUUAUAAUAUAUAUAAAUGAUAUUGCAGAAAGACUUAUUUCACUGUGCAGACUCUUUGCAGAUGACACAUCGUUCAGCUGUGCGGAUCGUGAUGCUUUUCAGAUAGAAACUGUGAUAAACCAUGAUCUAGAACAGCUGAACGAAUGGUCCAAAAAAUGGUUAAUGUCUUUUAAUCCAGAUAAAACAGAAAUUAUGUUAUUUUCUAAUGUUGAAACCCCAGAAAUGAACUUUAUAUUCAAUGAUAAAAAUAUACCUAUUACAAAUAUGCAUAAACAUUUAGGGGUUACAUUUAGCAAUGAUGCUAAAUGGAAUGCCCACGUUGAUAAUAUUAUAUCAAGCACGUCUAAACAUAUAAAUAUGCUAAGGAAGUUGAAAUAUAAACUGAGCAGGAAAAAUUUAGAAAAACUCUAUUUAGUUUUUAUAAGACCUUUAUUUGAGUAUGCAAGUGAGGUUUGGGAUAAUAUUGGGACGUACAUAGGAGAUGUUUUAAUUGCAGUCAAUCCUUAUAAAAAUAUCCCACAUUUAUAUGAUACAGAGGUCAAUCCAUUAAUAGAACUAUUUGGCAAUGCUAGUACAACACUGAACAACAAUUCAAGCCGAUUUGUGAAAUUGAUAGAACUUUCAUAUGAAGGCAGAAUUCUAAUUGGAGGAGCAGUGAGAACAUUUAUGGUAGAGAAAUCCCGUGUCGUACAACAUAAACCCAGUGAGAAGAAUUUCCACAUAUUCUAUGCAUUUUUUGCUGGAUAUGAUGAGCAAGAGUUGGAAUAUCAAUAUUCUUUAAAACAACCAUCUACAUACAGAAUUAUGGUUGGAGAUAAAAGUAAUCGACAUAGCGACGCUACCAGCUUUUGGGAAAAAGAAGAAAAACAGCAAUAUAGGGAAAGGUUUUCUAAAGGCUGUGAAAUCUUAAGAGAAAUCGACUUUAAAGAAACGGAAAUACGUGAGAUCCUGGAUAUUUUAGCAGCAUGUUUACAUCUAGGUAAUAUUAAGUUUGAGGAAAUGGAUGACAACACGUAUGGCGUAACAAUUGUAGAUGGUGAAGAUGGUGAUAAAUCCUUACGACGAGCAAUCCCGUUACUAGGGUUGGAUGCUGCGGACGAAAAUGUCGUAUCAGAAAUUAAGGACAUAUUUACAACAGGACCUCCUAUAUGUUUUCGAGGUGAAAAGACCCCAAGACGACUUAGUGAGAUACAAGCUGCUGAUGUGAGAGAUUCUAUUGUGAAAGCUUUGUAUUUAUGUGUGUUCAAUGCUAUUAUCGAUCAAAUAAACGAGAGCAUCAAAGAAAAAACCAAUUUUAUUGGUGACAGACAGCUAUUACGAAUCCUCGACAUUAGUGGAUUUGAGAGACUGAUAGAAAACAACAGCUUAGAGCAGUUAUUUAUUAACAUCACAAAUGAAAAAAUGCAUCGCUAUCUCCAAGAGCAGAUAUUUAUCUUAGAAAACAAAGAGUAUGUCAACGAAGAGAUACAUAUGCCAGCAAAUACCUUCCAUGAUAAAAAACCAGUUAUUGAUCUUAUCUUUAAAAAACCAGGAAUACUCUCUAUUUUUGAUGAUCAAACAUUAGUUUCUAGUUCUGAUGGAGCUAGGCUUGUCACCGAAUACAAUAAAGAAUUUACCGAAUCAAAGAAAGUUGAUGCUUUCCAGCGUGGGGGUACUGAGUCAUUUACCAUUGUUCAUUAUGCUGGGCCGGUGAAGUAUAACGCUAGAGAAUUUUUAGAAAAAAAUAGAGGAACUGUCCCCCAAGAAAUAAAAGAAAUUCUUACGGAAAGAAGUAACAACUGCAUUGUUAGUGAAUAUUUUAAUUCACGGGACUCCAUUUCGUCUAACCGAGACAAACCAGACCAAAACAAAUCUGUGAAAAAUGAAAGACCAUUGAACAGUGAAGCCAUCCAAUUCAGAAAAUCCGUGGACUGUCUCGUGGAAAUUUUAGAAGAUGGGGAGCCACUCUUUGUCUGCUGCAUUAAAUCAAAUGACAACCAACAGGCUGGAUGUUUCGAUGAGAAGGUUGUAUUAGAGCAAAUGAAAAGUGUUGGAAUGGACGACAUUUUUAGAAUAAGAAGUGAGGGAUAUCCGAGCAGAGAGUCAAUUGAAACUUUUAUGACAACGUGUCAAGUAUUUCUUGAGCCAAAUAGUGAAAAUGAUCAAACAAUAGACCGCAUAUUUCAGACUUGUAAUAUUUUUGAUGAAGUCUCUUACAAAAUAGGCAAAACAAAGGUGUUUAUGAAAGGACAUGUCUUUAAAAACGUAAUGCAGAAAAGAAAAGCAUUGUUACAGGAUUUACAGAAAAACACAAGGAGUGCUUCUAUACGAAAACAAACUGAUACAGUGAUUGAGAUGCAGAGAAAUACAGUUAAAAAUGAUACAUCAGAUGAAGACAAUCAAAUUGAAGGAAAUGAAGAUGAGAAAUGGUGA